UCGCUGGCUCACUAGCUGGUGGUGGGCGCGCCGAGCUGGAAGGUAGCAGUCGCGUCUGCUCUCGAGUUCCUUUCGCGCUCGUGGCAUUUGGAUAACUUGCUGCUUAUCAAACACAUCAUGACUCUGGAAGAAGUCCGCGGCCAGGACACAGUUCCGGAAAGCACAACAAGAAUGCAGGGCGCCGGGAAAGCGUUGCACGAGCUGCUACUAUCGGCUCAGCGCCAGGGCUGCCUCACCGCUGGCGUCUACGAGUCCGCCAAAGUCCUGAAUGUAGACCCUGACAACGUGACCUUCUGCGUGCUGGCCGCAGACGAGGAGGACGAGGGCGAUAUCGCGCUGCAAAUCCACUUCACGUUGAUCCAGGCGUUCUGCUGCGAGAACGACAUCGACAUCGUGCGCGUGGGCGACGUGCAGAGGCUGGCGGCGAUCGUGAGCGCCGGCGACGAAGGGGGCGCGCCGGGCGACCUGCACUGCAUCCUCAUUUCGGUGAGUGCCGCCUCCGCCCCCACCGCGGUGUCUACCCCGCGCCCCGUCUUGGCCCGAGGCCAUCCCGGCUCACCCAGUGCUGUGCUCUCCCGGCAGAACCCCAAUGAGGACGCGUGGAAGGACCCAGCCUUGGAGAAGCUUAGUCUGUUCUGCGAGGAGAGCCGCAGCGUCAACGACUGGGUACCCAGCAUCACCCUUCCCGAGUGACCGCCCGGCAGGGGCCUUGGUCUGAUCGACGACGGGGUAAUACCCCGGGGCGCCUAGCGCGCUGCUGGCUCUGGAGGGGCCCUCCGAGGACACCCGAGUGCGACGUGGAGACUGGCAGGUGGAGGCCUGGAGAGCGAGGAGCAAGCCUCCCCAGGAGGGGCCUGGCCAAGGCAGGGCAGACUGGCCCAAGCCGAGGACUCUGCGAGUGUCUGGAGCGGCUGCUCGCUCAAGAAGGAGGUGGGGACUUUGGCCACAGUGCUGGGAAGGACAGACUGGCUGGGUAGGCAUGACUUAGCACCUGCGCUCCUCCUGAGGCUGGAAAGGCCGGCCAGGCGAUCUGGAUUUGGUGCAGCCGCAGGAGCCUGACGGACUUCAUAGGCUGCUCUGCUUUUUCAAAAGGGAUCUGGGCAAUGUUUCCUUUUCUAAAGAAUACUGCCAUUGAAGCUUUGAAUUUUACAAUAAACUUGUUGAAACAAA